AUGCCUUACACACCGCCCUCCCAGCGCUCGCCAGCUACCUCAAAGCCGACCAGCCCUACCCUCAGCCGCAACCACUCCUACGUCGACACCCCAGUCUCCCAGUCGCCCAAGGUCUCGCAACGGCCCGCGCUCCCACGCUCCGUGUCGUCGACAUCGUACCUGCACAAGCACCGCCGCUCGCCUUCGUUUCCUCACGCCAACCCCACUGCCAACAAUGGAACUCCGGUCCACGGCAGCGUGGUAGAGUCCCCCACCGACGCCCGUCGUAGCCGUGGCUCGGCAAAGACGAAUGGUAGCAUCCGCCCGUCUCCUCCUCCUGUGAACGACUCUCUGAUUCCUUCAGGUGCCAUCACCACUCCGCCUGACUCGUCCGACGAUGAAGACCGGGGCCGUAUCAUCGGCAGCUUGAAGGACCUGGAAGAGGCGCUGCAGCACAUCAACGUCAAGAGGACUGCCUCUCCCGAGCGAAACGCAGUCACGAAAAAAUCGACGGACGCGCCACAGCUCAUGACCGCUGCACGAUCACUCUCGGCCGAAGCACGCAGGAUUGCACACUCUCGCUCCUCGAGCGAGAUCAUGCUCUCCAAGCACAACAUCGAGCCUCUCGAUACCAACCCAGCCAUCACCACGUCCUCGGACGACAGCGACGCGGAAGAUGACGGAUUACGGAUGAAGCCACAGCUACUACGCAAGAAGUCUGGUGAGCUGGUCAAGCCUGCUCUCCGACCUGCAUCACGACGCAGGCCGUCGAGCAUGCCCGGCACCCCCACCUACUCCAAGGCUGUACACUUCAACGAGGAGAUCGAGCAGGUACGACACUUCCUGUCAGUAGACCGCCCGAUUGCUGUCAGUGCUGGCUCAUCACCUGUUGAGACUGCGUACGAGAGCGAGAACGAGUACCCCUUCGAGGACGACGCCAAGUCCAAGACUCCUGAGUGGGAGAUCAAGCUUGCCAACUGGCCGUCGUCGGAGUCGUACGAGCGGCAGACUGCACCUGUACGUGUCGAACGCAUUGCGCUCGCAUCAGACAACCAAACCCUGGUUGGCAACAUUGCGUGCGCCAACAUCUCUUUCCAGAAGCUCGUCGUGGCUCGAUUCACACUCGACUACUGGAAGACAACGUCUGAAGUGGUUGCCGAGUUCAACCACGAUGUUCGUAAGAAGCAGGCCGACGAUGGCUACGACCGCUUCAACUUCAACAUCAAGCUCGCUGACCAGGCCAACCUCGAGUCCAAGACGCUACUGCUCUGUGUUCGUUACCAGACCAACGGCCAGGAGUUCUGGGACAACAACCACUCGAUGAACUACCAGGUCGACUUCAUCAAGAAGGCCAAGCAGCAGCAGCAGCAGCAGCAGCGCAAGAUCAAGCGCUCCAGCAGUGGCGGUCUUGGUGCUAUCCCGCGCAGCAGGCAAUCGCCUCUGUCGCCGCGCCCACGCUCAACUGCCGCCGCCCUUGACGACGACUUUGGUCACGAGUUCGAGAACAAAUUCCAGUUCGGGAGCUCUGGUCGCAUCACCGGCGAUGCACCCAAGUCGGCCAUCCGCCUCAAGCCCAAGAGCAAGCAGCGCGCUCAGAUCUACCCUGACCAGGGUGCUCGCCGACCUCAGAGCGGGCAGGCGUUCUCGUCUCGUUACGACUUUGGCGCUUCCCUCUCAGCUGCCUUGACCACUGCGCAGACCGCGCUAGGCGACCGCAGCGGCCUCAAGGUCAACACGGCCGACGUCAGCAAGGGCUACUUCGACCGUCCUGCUCCUCUUGCCAAAUCGCACACGACCGGCGCGCCUGUUCCCGGAACGCGGCCCGAUGCUUUGUCGUCUGACAAGCCUGACCUCCAGUCCGCAGAGUACAACGAGUUGAUCCAGAAGUUUUGCUUUGUACGUUCUCAAUCUCAACAACCCGACAGAUUGGCCUAGACGGAUACUAAUACGACUUCAGUUCGGCACACCCACCGGGAGAGGCUCUCCCAAAGCCACUACGCCUUCGGCCAAGCACCCUCACAGUGACGGCGCGACUGAGUACAUUCACAGCGCUCAGUCGUCCGCCACCAGCAGCCCGCCCUCGCCAGCUAUGCCUGUCAUGGUAGAUGGUGCGAACGAAGUCAAGUCUUCCCGAUCAUCCUCACCUUUUUUGAACCGCUCUACAUCUCCUGGCCCAGUCACGGGGUCCGGACCUGAAGACCUUCUCGCGUCCCAGUAUCAAUAUGGGUACAACAUGCACGGUCGCAUCUUCCCUGAGCGAAGCCACACUCCUCAAACGUGCGUUUGA